UCAGAUCAACAUUCUCACUAUGGCUGGGUCAUGAGCACGAAGCAUCGCUUGCGGAUCGGGCUCAGAUCGUGGCGCCAAGCUUUCCUCGCCCCCUUGGCCUAUCCCUUGCUCGGGUGUCUGCGGGAUGACGCUCUCUCCUGCUGCCGACCCUCCUGUGUUCCCGCCUGUGGUCCCAGGACUGCCGGAACUGCUGCUUGCGCUGCCGGUGGUUCUGCUGCUAGUCCCUGAAAGAAACACACGAUCAUUAGACCGCACAUGCAUGCUAUCUUUCUCUUGUCAUUUUGCUCACCCGAGUCCCAUCGACUGUAACCCAAGCCCGUCGAGUAGGCUGGAGUCGAGGCUGAGCUUGAACUGUCGGUGCCGUUGAAUAUGCCGGUCAACCGAUCCAUUUCCUCAUCCGUCAGCACGGACUGCAGCUUUCGCCGCUGAUCCCCGUCUCGUUGAUUCACCACGGCACCUCGGCCGCCAUCGGUCAAUCGCUCCUCCUGCACUGCGCGGAGACGACGGCGCUGAGUGCAGAGACAGAACAGAGCAGACGCAGAGGUGCGUGACUGACUGUCUUGGCGCCUGUCUUGAGUGCGACGUACCUGUCCGACGUGGCAGGAGGUGGCGGAGAGCACCGUGGCUGUUGUGCAGCACGCCGUCAAAAGGACCGCAGCGAGCCGCGCUGAUGCCAUCAGCUUGAUUUGGGGCUUGCUCUGCGACACACGCAAAGAUCUGGUUGCGUGCUUUGCGCUUUGUCGUGCCGGGGAGGGGGGAAGACAGGCACACGCCGGCAGACGACCUGCUCUCCUCUCCUCUCUUCUCAAAC